CACCAGCAUCUGAACCCACAAUGGGAUUGAAGUUGUCCAUGGAAGAGGAGGAUCAGAAGGAACUCCAGCUCCUCCCAUCUCAACACUCCAUAGCUUCCUCAUCACACAUGUCAUCCAGGCCGCUGGAUUCUCCGCUGAACUUUCGAUCCGCGGUGCCCGAUCAAUUCGAAACACCACCACCAGACCUACAACUAUCAAUCAGCUUAAGCCCAAUUCAACAACCAAAGAACUGUCUCUUUACGGACUCCACACGCGAUUACAGCGAUGCUAAGGAGGCGGACGCAAGCAGUGUCGAGGCUUUGAAGUGGCAGGCCGCGGAGCAAAAGCGCUUAGCCGCCAUUGAAAAGGCUUACGCAAAGAGAGUUAGGGAGCUUACAAGGAGGGAGAUGGAGUUGGCACAAUCAGAGUUUGCAAGAGCAAGGAAUAUGUGGGAGAGAGCAAGAGAAGAGGUUGAGGAAGCGGAUAGAAUGAAAGAGAGAGCAACUAGACAGGUUGAUUCUUCGUGCAUGGAAAUCACUUGCCAGGCUUGCAGGCAAAGGUUCCGUCCUUAAAAAGGAUGGAGAGAACAUUUGGGUGUGGAUUAAUGUAAUUGUUUAUCCUGAAGAAUCAAGUUUGUAUUGAGUUAUUUUUGGGUAUUGGCUUGGUGCAAUGUUGACCUGAACAAUAACAGAUAUGGAAGAAGAUAACGAGACUAUAUGUUAGUGCUAUAAGAAGCAAUAACAUGCUUAUUGAGUGAUGAAAA